AUGCUUAUCGGUGUCAUUAUAGGAAGCACUAGACAGCCUAGGGCCUGCCCGCAAAUCGCUCAAUUCAUCGUAGACACGAUAAGGAGCUCUAAUGAUUAUCGAAGCUUAGCUCAGAAACCGGUACUUAAACUCAUCGAUCUGGCGUCGUGGAAUUUACCGAUGUAUGAUGAGUCCCACGUUCCCUCCCUGAUCGAACACUACAGUGACUACGAUCACGAACACACAAAAUUAUGGAGUCAAGAGGUUCAAAAGUGUGAUGGUUUCAUUUUCGUCACUCCGCAAUAUAACUGGGGUUAUCCAGCGGCACUCAAGAACGCCAUUGAUUACCUUUUCAACGAAUGGAAGGGUAAACCUGCCGUUGUGGCCACCUACGGCGGCCAUGGGGGCAGCAAAUGUAAUGAACAAUUAACUGUGGUUCUUAAUGGAUUGCGCAUGAAACCGACGGAAAGUAAAAUCUUACUCUCCUUUCCGGACAGGGAGACAUUUACUAAGGCCGCUCAAGGCAUUGAUUUAUGUCUCUCCACCUCUUCAACUGAAUGCAUCUGGGAAGCGGAUAAAGUUCAGGUAGAAACUGCUUUCGCGGAGCUUGCAAAACUAUUACUUGAAACCCCGUCUACCAAAUAA